AUGCCUGACAUUGCUAUGGAGCAUGCCUUUUUACCUGAUUCUCCUCCUGUCCAGGAAGAGGACCUUACUCAUGCUUUUCCAGGUGGAUUGACUGAUCCAUCAAUACUGCGGAGUUUCAAUAGUCAUGAACGAGGGCCCCUAAAGUGUCGUAAUCACUUUUCGAAGAUCCUUGCAUGGCCAUGGUGGUUAGUAGACAACAACACCAGAUUCAAAGCCAUUAUUGAGCAGUCUGGGCUGUCACAGUUAGCUCGUUGCACUUAUCGGUUCGUCAACACAGUUCUAAUCUCCAGUUUUGUUGAGAGAUGGCAACCUGAGAUGAACACAUUUCACAUGACAGUUGGUGAGAUGACCUUGACCCUGGAUGAUGUUGGCACUAUUCUUGGCCUUCCCAUUAUAGGCAAAUCAAUCAGCGUACCAGAUGUGACAGAUCAUCAUGGAGUUACACUACUGGUUUAUGGCUUUGGGAUUACUGAACGUGCAGCACAUGAAGAGGUUUCUUCUGCUGGUGCCAAUUCAGUCAGGCUUGAGUGGUUGCGAAGUCAGUUUGCUGGUGUUACAGAUUCAGACCCCGAGGAGGCUAUGCAGUGCGCUGCUAGAGCUUAUUUGUUGUUUCUGUUGGGAUGUACACUCUUCAGUGACAAGAGUGGCCGCAGGGUUCCUGUUGUUUAUCUUGGCUUAUUGAUGGAUUUGGGAUCCAUUCAUACUUACGUCUGGGGUGCUGCUGCAUUAGCAUUUUUAUAA